AUGAAGGAUGUCUCAAGGAUAUCCUGUGUGGUUUAUUAUCUACUUUACAAGACAAAGCACCUAAAGGUUACAUCAAUUUCACAACUACUUGGUACAUUUUCCUGCAUAUCUACCCACAUGUCUAUGCAUAAAGAUCUGAACUUGAGGACUGCUUCUGUUCCUAUAUAAGCAGCUUGAAAUGAUCAAACUAAUCAGUCUACAACUGCAAGCAGUUUCUCUGCAAUGGCUCUCACUGUUCAGCUAUUGUUCUUCCUUCUCACAUCGGUGAUGAUGAACUUUGCUGAUGAAGCGUUGACUCCACAUAGCAGUCUCAGAUUCAUUGGGAUCGGGUACAAUCUACUUGAUGGCAACCCACAAGGUGUGCACGGUCUGGGUGGCUUUGAUCCAGGAUUUCGAGACACAUACAGUGUUCUUCAACUAACUUAUGAUCAACAGAAGAUAUCACAAGACAGGCAGCACUCUGUAGCAGAUCAAGUUAGUACCAACGCACGAUUGAGCUGCAGUUCCUCUAGUGAAAGAAAAGCGUACACGGGAGCGAAAGGUUAUCAAUACGAUGUAUCUCGUUCUGUCGACACAAGCGCUUCAGGAUCAUUUGCAGGUCUAUACAAAUUCUCAUUUACUUCGAGUUACAAGUACAAAAGAGUACUACAAGGGUCUCAGAGUGAAAAGAAACUUUACAUAGACAAAUCACAAAUUUGCAACCUUGGUAGCGUACGGUACCAAACUGAACUCGCCCGAUGCUCACGCGGCGUAGGUGGGACACCCAAAUUUCAACUGUCUUCAGGAUUCGAAGCUGCAGUUCGCGCGUUGCCCGUAUCGUCAGCAACCAGUCCCCCCAAUGCAUAUUUUUCUUUCCUAGACACUUGGGGAACUCACGUUAUCACAGAAAUCGUUCUGGGAAGCAAGUACACUGAACAUUAUGAAGUGACAAGUGACGAAGCAUUUAGAUACUCGUUACAGCAUGACGCUCUGGGGAUUACAACAUCUGCAUCUGGUCUAUCAGCAUCUGGUCUAUCAGCAUCUGGAUCUCUCUCACUAGACAUCAAUAAAUUGGUUCAGAGUGACUCAUUUUUGUCUUCGUUUACAUCAGUUAGAAAGGUGAUCAAGAUUGGAAGCAGCGUCUAUUGGGACACAGUGCAAAACAAGUGGAUCAUUCCAAACGCAACUAGCCACGAACCAAUCAAAAUCACAUUAACUCCAAUCACUGACUUUCUGUCAUGUCGCUACACUUCAGAUCUACAUGUGCGCAGCCGCAAGAGUGCGCUUGCCCGUGCUCUCACCACUUAUCCGUCCUACAAAAACGCUCGAGUACCACCCGAUGACUCCCAGUUGACUCUACCCAUAGCUUGGCCUAAAGGCACAUAUGGGUUGGUCCAACCCUAUAGUGGUUGCCCGAGAGGCAGUAAUUCAAGAUGGGAUUCUGGUUGGAGAAAACACGACACAGAAGAUAAGAACUCAAACAAUCAGUGGAGUAGUCCAUACAACUUAGCUGGUUGGAAAGACAGUAACAACAUGCAAUGGGAGUUCUGUAUAAAAGUGUCAAAUGGUCUGAACAACAUUAAUUAUCCAUGGCCUAGAGGCUCCUAUUGCAUUCUUAAAAAAGGCAAUUGUCCAAACCAGUUUCAUUACGGUUGGAUUCACUGGGAUGAUGAAGACAGUAAAAAUGCCAAUUCACAUGGAGGCACUAGAACUCUACCAGAUGGAGAGUAUGGACGCAACACCAGAAUGGAGUUCUGCUGCAGACAAGAUGGAAGUACAGCAAAUCAUAUCGUUUUACCAACAAACCGACCGUUUAUUUUGGUGGCAGCUAAAAGCCUUUGCCAAGAGGUCUACGGAAUGCGUGUAUCCAAUCAGUGGUUUCACUGGGACAACGAAGACAAAAACAAUGCAGACGAUCACGGUGGAUCUAUUCCAUAUGAAAAUGGAGGUACUCGGAAUCACAGAUUGCAUUUUUGCUACUACUACAAGUAACUCUGAAUGACUGAAAUCAAUGCUUUCAUAGCAAGAACUGCACGUUCUUUAAUUCUUUAUAAUUUUGUUAUUGUUCUAUCAUUUGGCUACUUGUUGACUGCUUAGCUGCUUUCUUGCUGAUUGUUGAUUGUUGCUUGCUAGUAAAAUUGGACUAUUUUGAUUAUCAUGAUUGAAAUUACAAAAGAGUGUUGUGAAAUUGAAGCUUCUGAGCUUACUACGCUGCCCAAAAAUGACAUAUGGCCGGUAUGAAUUUAACAAACUCUGAAUUCUUUCACAAUCACAAUGUAGUAACUGUAACUUGUUAUUGUACAAACUCGAUAGUUCCGCAAACGUUCCCCCCCCAGAUCACCCCCAAAUCCCGUAUGUACUAGAUUCCUUCCCCUUAGCCCAAAAAUCUACCCCAAACAACAAUAAUCAGCAAAAAGGCCAACAGCCACUACUCCUAGUGCUAAAGGUUCAGUCAGUCUGGUGCCUUG